AUGCCUCCCCGCACGACCCCCGAGGAGCGGAAGGCGAAGGCUGCAGCCCGUCGCCGUGAGAAAGCCGCCCAGAAGAAGGCUGAGAAGAAGGCCCGCGACGAGGCCGCUGCGGCUGCCCCGGCUUCCCCCGCCGACGAUGAGGAGGAGGAGGAGGAGGGGGAGGAGGAGGAGGAGGUUGUCGUCACUCCCCUCAAGCGUCCUUCCGGCGGUGCCGCUGCGGGUGCGGCCAAGGGUUCGAAGAGACCCAAGCCCGACACCCCUUCGCCUCGUCCUGCUCUGGAAGUGCCCGACAAGCCGCCGUCCCUCCUGGUUGAUGUAGAGAAAGUCUUCUUUGCCGAGAAAGUUGGUGGUUACCGACCCAUUCCCUGCACCCGCUGCGCUCGGUCAAUGGUUUUGGCCAGUGCUCCUGGUCGUUUCUGCUUUGCCUACGGAUCCAGUGGCCGCUGCGCCCACUGUGUGAAGGGGAAGCAUGUUUGCGGUUCGAUUUCUUCUCACUCUGCCGACCUCGUCGCUCCCGCCCGUGCUAUGUCCAUGGCCCACCUGGCCUGGUAUCACGCUUGCCGGGAGGCGGGCACGACCCUCAGCCGCUCCGACGAUGUAAACAAGACCGAGGAGAUUUUCAGCCGUCGCGACCAGCGGGCUAUCGCUGCGGCCUCUGCUGCGGGUGGGUCGAAGAACAAGGUGGUCGCUGGGUUGGCCCUGGGGGCCCUCGGCGGUGGCUCUGCGGCUGCUAAGACCAACCGUCUCCUUCGCCGCCUUGUCGUCCUUGGUGAGGCCUUGCUCAACGCCGCCUCUGUUGAGGUUCCUUCGGAUGUGGAGGACGAUGACAGUGUUAUUGGCUAG